AUGCCGCUCUCAAUUUUUCGCAAGCGCCAUGAGGUUGAGGAGAUCAUGCCCAUCCCCGAGCCGCUCGAGGGAAACUCCUCGGGCGUCGAUCACCUCAAGCACCUCGCGGCUUUUGAGAAGGCGCACAAAUUAGAUCCAAAUCUACCUAUGGACGAGUUGAACGAUGUCGACGCUGCACUGGCUACUGGCAAUGCCGAGAAGGGCAUUGAGAUUGAGCAUGCGCUCAUGGAGGACAAUAGUCCGUAUCCAGAGGUCCGCGCUGUAGUUCGAAAUUACGAUGUAGAUGUUCCAGCCAACACAAUUCGAGCGUGGGUAAUCGGCUUACUGCUCUGCACAAUUGGUUCUGGCAUCAACAUGCUCUUCUCCCUUCGAAAUCCCACUGUUGCUAUUACCACAUAUGUGGUUCAGCUUGUUGCUUAUCCUAUCGGUCGCGGUUGGGAUAUGAUCAUGCCCGACAGGGUGUGGACCGUUUUUGGUGUCAAGUUUAACCUGCGACCGGGCAAGUUUAACUUUAAAGAGCACGUCGUUAUUGUUGCCAUGUCAAAUGCCGCAUAUGGUGGUGGUGCACUGUACGCUACUGAUGUCCUCCUCACGCAGAAGAUCUUUUACAAGCAAGAAUUCGGCAUUACAUUCCAGAUUCUCUUUGGUAUCACAACACUCUGCACUGGUUAUGGAAUGGCUGGCCUCGCUCGUCGCUUCUUGGUCUGGCCUGCAGCCAUGAUCUGGCCCGCCGACCUCGUCAACUGCGCCUUGUUCUACACAUUGCACGACCAUUCUCGAUCAGAUCCAUCCAAGACCAACGGUUGGACCAUUGGUCGCUACAAGCUCUUCCUCAUAGUCGGUUGCGCCGCAUUCAUCUGGUACUGGUUCCCUGGGUGGAUUUUCAGAGGUCUAUCAUACUUUGCGAUUGCAUGCUGGAUUGCACCCAACAGCGUCGUCGUCAAUAAGAUUUUUGGAAACAACCAUGGCUAUGGUCUCAUCCCCAUUACAUUUGAUUGGACAGUUGCCACUGGCUUCAUCGGAUCGCCUCUCAUCCCACCUUUCUACGCCAUUGUCAACGUUUUGGGUGGCAUCAUCUUCUUCUUCGUUAUUGUCUCCAUGGGUGUUCACUUCAGUGGAACCUGGUAUGCCGACUACAUGCCUGUUCAGUCAUCUGAGUCCUAUGACAAUAUGGGAAAGGCUUAUAAUGUUUCUCGAAUUCUCGACGACAACUACAACUUCAAUGAGACGGCUUACAAAGCAUAUUCUCCUCUUUACCUGUCCACCCAAUUCGCAUUGGCUUAUGGGCUGUCCUUUGCUGCCAUGUCUGCGGUUCUCGUUCAUGUUGCUCUGUAUCACGGCAAGGAGAUUUGGAGGCAGUUCAGGAUGGCACGUCAUCAGGAGGACGACGUGCACAUGCGAUUGAUGAAGAAGUAUCGCGAUGCUGAGGAUUGGUGGUAUGCUGCUCUAUUCAUCAUCAUGGUCGGUAUUUCGUUUGGUGUUGUCACCGGCUGGCCCACCGGAUUCCCUGCAUGGGCAUUUGUCAUCUGCCUACUCCUCCCCAUCAUCUGGCUCAUCCCUAUCGGUCUUAUCCAGGGUAUUUCCAACAUUCAGCUUGGUCUGAAUGUGCUGACCGAGUUUAUCAUCGGAUACAUGGUUCCCGGCAAGCCCAUGACCAUGAUGAUGUUCAAAAACUACGGUUAUAUUUCCAUGUCCCAGGCGUUGUACUUUGCUCAGGAUCUCAAACUCGGUCAUUACAUGAAGGUACCACCUCGCGUCAUGUUCUCGUCACAGCUGAUCGCAUCCAUCUGGUCAGCAAUUGUUCAGAUUGGGGUCAUGAACUGGGCCCUCCACAAGAUUCCUGAUGUUUGCUCUGAAAACCAGAAAGAUAACUACACUUGCCCCAGCGGACACGUGUACUACACUGCGUCGGUCAUCUGGGGUGCCAUUGGCCCUGCUCGCAUUUUCAGCCAUGGUGCUACCUACGCCAACCUUCAGUGGUUCUGGCUUGUUGGUGCUGCCACACCUAUUCUGACGUGGAUGCUUGCCAGACGGUGGCCGAAGUCAUUCUGGCGAUAUGUCUGCACUCCCGUCAUUUAUGGCGGCACUGGCUUGCUACCCCCCGCUACUGUUCACAUCUUCCUCUGUUGGGGUGUGGUUGGCAUCAUUUUCAACUACUUUAUCAAGCGCCGCUACACGGGCUGGUGGCUCCAGUACAACUACAUUGUAUCUGCAGCACUCGACUGUGGUCUCAUUAUCAGCACGCUGGUCAUCUUCUUCACGCUGUAUCUGACGAAUGCAAGUGCCCCGUCAUGGUGGGGGAACGACGGCAUGACGAAGACGCUUGAUUGGGAUGCGCAGGCGGUGACGAAGCGUGUCGCCCCGGGCCAGAUUUUUGGACCUGCUGUAUUCCCUUGA